GGGGAGAGCGAGCGGGCGGCGGGGCCAUGGGUUGGGGCCCCCGCGGGGGAGAGAGGCAGCGGGGAGCCCAGUGAGCGCGGCGCGGCCAAGGGGCUGACGGCAUGUGGGAGGCCAACGCGGCCGGUAUCGGGCCCGGCGGCGGCGGCAGGAGCGAGGAGAUCGCGGAGCUGAUCGAGCACUGCUCCAAACACCAGUACCGCGCCAAGGAGGUCAGCAGCCAGGUAGACAAGAUUCAGAGUCACUGUUUAGACUUGUUCAAGAGGGACUACGUUUACAGUCUCAUCCAGAACCCAAAUGGAGAGGUGUGCGGCCACUACCCACGGCAGAUUGUUUUUAUGGAGUAUGCAAGUACGGAGAGUGACAAGGAGAGGUUUGAAAGCACUGUUCAGACCAGUAAACUGCAGGAGCUGGUGACCCGCAGCAAGAUGGCACGGUGCCGGGGACGCUUUGUUUGCCCCGUAAUUUUAUACAAUGGCAAGCACAUUUGUAGGUCAGCAACUCUGGCUGGGUGGGGGGAGCUGUACGGACGUAGUGGAUACAACUACCUCUUUUCGGGAGGAUCUGAGGAGACAGGCGCGGAGCUGGAUGAAGUGCCUGAUGAUUACGCAGUGCGGAAUGGUGAUUCCCAGCUAUUUGAUAAGGUCAGAGGUCACGACAUCAAACUGCUGCGCUACCUGUCAGUGCAUUACAUCUUUGACCUGAUGGUGGAGAAAAAGAAAGUGAAGUUUGGCUUGAAUGUGACAUCCUCAGAGAAAGUGGACAAAGCACAGCGGUAUGCAGAUUUCAUCUUGCUGUCCAUUCCCUAUCCAGGUUGUGAGUUUUUUAAGGAUUACAAAGAUCGAGAUUAUACAGCUGAAGGACUUGUAUUCAACUGGAAGCAGGAUUUUGUUGACGCACCGCUGAACAUUCCUCCUACUCUGACUGAGAACCUGAGCAUUGAUUGGCGAGAUUAUCAGUCCUGGGACCUUGUACAACAGACACAAAAUUACCUGAAGCUGCUCAUCCACACAAUAAACCGGAAUGAUGACAGUGGUUUGUUGGUUCACUGUAUCUCUGGUUGGGAUCGGACACCGCUUUUUGUCUCUCUCCUCCGUCUCUCGCUCUGGGCUGAUGGGCUUGUCCACGUGUCUUUGCAGCCUGUGGAAAUUCUCUACCUAACCAUUGCUUAUGACUGGUUCCUAUUUGGGCAUAUGUUACCCGACAGACUCAUUAAAGGAGAGGAGAUUUUCUUUUUUUGCUUCAAUUUUUUGAAGCACAUCACGUCCGAGGAGUUCUGCGCAGUGAAGAAGCCAAGACGGAAAAUCACAGACCUUCCUGCAGAGGAUCUAUGUCUUCUAGGUCAUACAGAAAGAGGGAGCAGCACCUCCCUGAGCAGUGAAUUCUCCGUCAUCACAGAGGAGUCUCCCACCAUAGCAGGGGCUUUCAACUACGAGGCAGUGGAUCUGACAGCGGGCCCAGCAAUGCAGGUGGCAUGGAGAAGAGGCAGAACAUCAUCCCCGCAGACUGUAGUGUGGAAUAAACAGCACUCAGGGCACCAGUCAGAGGACAGGUUAUUCCAGCUGACCAUAUCUGAAGGGAAGCCAUCCUUCAAUCAAGUGGAAAAUAACUUGCGAACAGGAAGCAGUAGCCCCCUGGCUGUCCCAGAAAGGAGCUCCACAGAGUAUUGUCAUUCUUCAGCCUCGUCCACGGAUUUUGGCAGCUGGCAGAUCGUGUCUGGCUGUGGCAGUAUUCAUGACCAGGCUGUAGUUCCCAAUGACUCACCUCUCCCUUUCUACACUCAAGAUGACGGAAGCAACGGGAGAUUGUUUCCCAUCAUUCCAGAACGCAGAGCCAAGCUGGAGGAAGUCCGAGCCAUCUUCCUAGCUGCUUACAGUUCAACCGUGGGUCUGAAAUCAGUGUCGUCCAGCCCAUCGGCUUUUGGCGGACUUCUGGAACAGUUUGCACGGGGAGUUGGACUGAGAGGCACCAAUAGCAUUGUCUGACCCAACGUUGUUUAAAAACAGUUUGAGCCCCUUGCAAAUCUCAACUGGGUAACACCAAAGAUGGCCUCAACCAGACCUCCUUUCACCUCGUCACCUUAGUCUUUUAAAACUGAUUUAGGAUUUUUUUUCAUUUCUGAAGUUGAUGUCCUGAUGCGGCCAAAGAUACCUGAAUGUCCCAAGUGUUGCAAGGAAGGAAGGAAACAAACCCUGGGUCUGACAUGGUCUGCUCUUUGAGAUGAAACUUUUGGGACUCUUAAGGGACUGCUAUCGUGCUGCUGGGGAAGUUAAAGUUCUAUUGUAGACAUGCAUUUUUGAUUUGCAAGCCAGAUAUUCCUGUGCUGAGAGAAUUGGAGGAAAUGGUGAUCACAUCAAGUGCCUGCCUUUUCACUAGCUUCACAGCUGUACUUGUGGACUUUGAUUCCUCACCUGUCACUGAUUAGAUGUUGGCAUUUCUAACUUGCAAGCCCCUUUAAGGCUUCUACUGAAGAUUGCUAGGUUUGGUGAAUGGGUUAAAACUCUGUUGCACAAAUAUGAUCGUUACAUUCAGCAGAGUUUUCUACAUGGUUAUCAGUUUCAUUACAGCUAUCUUAACUCAAGCUACCCCUAGUAGCAGCUUAAUAACAUUCUCUGAAAUGCAAACAGGUCUUACCAUGGAAGCACCUUUUCCUCACCUCUCUUUCACCUACAAAUAUCUGAGUGCUGCAUUGGUUAGCUACAUUCUCAGUCACUUUUACAUUUAGGCAGGGUUAUGUGAAUCAAGCUGCCUGGCUGAUGUAAAGCCACAAUAGGAAAGUGAGCAAGUGAAUUAAAAAACCGUGAUGUGGAGCGGAUGUUUGCGCUAGUAUUAGAGGCUUCAGUAAAGAUUUUGAUGGUAGAGAUGAUAGGUUAUCCAGCUAAUCUGAAUGGAUUUAAAUGGUAGUCUCCAUGAAUAUUGUCGUAAUUCAGUAUGUUAAUAUUAUUAGUAAAACUUAUUUAAUGCAGUAGCCUACCGAGAAUCUAAAGAUGAUAGGUAAAAUUAUUCUAUUUUUAAUACUACAUUUUAACCUGCUUAAAAACUGAAUAUUUUUGUGAUUUUUAAAAUAAGAGACACCCUAUUUAUCAGCGUGGUUCAGUCCCUAUUAAUUCUGUUCAGUCCCUGCCACUAUCUUUGUGGAAAUGCAACUGAUCUUGGUGUUCCGCUGUUUAGUGCAAUUGUGAUUAAAGAAUACACAGGGCAAGAAUAAUAAUAAUAAUCCUUGUAUUUGA